UCGGGAGGAUACUGUUACCGAUACAUAAGUCGUUCCCUGCAUUAAUUUAUACUGUGGGCUGGCGGCAAUGCGUAUGCUUUUACUAUACUGAGACACGCGCAAAUAACGCGCCUUAUUUGGUAAUGUUCGCGGUCCUCGAUCGUGAUUGGCGCUCGCAGUCGCUAUAGCCCGUUGAUAGCAUCACGCGUUCCCGCUUCCCGCGCCCGCUCUCAAGUCAGUCUGUGUCGUCGUUCGUCUUGUAACAGUCGUGUGUGCUAAGAUAAAUGUUCCGUGAUUGUAAAGUGUCAAGGCUCCUCAUUGUACGAUAAUAAACGCUGUUGUACCUACCUAAGUCCACUAAUCUUUCAUUUCUAACAUCUGGUCCAUUCGAGUCGGACAGUUAAUAUUAAAGUGCAACCGCGUCGCGUUCCGCGUGCCUCAGUCAGGACACCUACCAGUGAACUCGUUUCAUCACAAUGGUGGGAACAAGAAGCACGGCGAGGGAACCACUCGAGGAGCCAUCGUCCAUCACGGAGUCACCCCGACCUAUAGUCACUAGCGGCGGCACUCAAGAUGAAACGCUGCACGACACGGCCGCAGCACUGCCGCCCGGUGGCACUUCGGCACCCGUCGCUCCCGUCACAACUGCGUCCAAUGGGUCGCACGCCACCACGACGGCGGGAGUACCACAGCCAAACGACACCAGCCAGCCGUUGAGAGACCUAACGGCGGCUUUAUUAGAGGUAGUUCGCGGGGUUCGCCCCGCACCCGCGACUCACAGAUGCCUUGGCAAACGGACAUGGAAUCACAGAUGCAAAGGGAAGAAGUGCGAAGCGCAAGGCUGCGAGUACUACCACCACAAGCUGCUGCACGACGACGCAGCGCAGCCAAUGAAGAGUGACAACGGCGUGGCGGCACCACGACAGCGAACGCAAAGCAACAGAGUCGGAGGUCAAGCGACUGUCUUCGAGUCGUGUAGCAACGCGACUACAGCAGCGGCGGGAGCACUGCUUUCGGUGCAAACCUACCUCAAAGUUUUACCAGUUCAAUUAUCGGGACCACAUGGUGAGAUAGAUACUUAUGCCUUAUUAGAUGACGGGUCCACCAUUACAUUGCUGACAUCAAGUCUGGCAGACAAGAUUGGUGUCGCUGGGCCAGCAGCACCUUUUGUCAUAGAGGCCAUAGCAGGAGCGCACAUCGACGCUGUUAGCUCCCAGCAAGUAAAGUUCUCCAUUAAAGGUAAGUACACAAAUAAUAAAAUUAAUAUCGAGGCACGUACCAUAGAUAGUUUGAACAUUUCCCCCCAGUCUGUGCCAACCGAAGCCCUAGCUCAUUGUGAACAUCUACAAGACAUUAGUGACCAACUUGUCUAUGCAACAGCGGAACCACUUAUACUAAUAGGACAAGACAAUUGGUCCCUGCUCAUUGCAUCUGAGGUACGACGUGGUAAGCUAGAACAGCCAGUGGCGUCGCACACACCUCUCGGCUGGGUAUUACACGGACAAAAAAGAGUAUGUCCCUACGGUCGCGGUGGCUACAUGCUGCAAGAGCGUUUUCAUUGCAGCCAUGCACAUAUGAAAGACAAAGCCCUUGAACAAUUAAUAAAGGAGCACUACGAUUUGGAGUCAUUGGGAGUAGAGCCGCGCCGACCUCAAGCUGACCCUGAACAUCAAGAAGAAUUUCCCGAAGCUGUAGAUCCUAUAAUAAACAAUCACUAUAUGGAUGACUAUUUACAGAGUUUUGACACCGCGGCUGAGGCGAACCGUGUGGCUCAGGCAGUGGAUGCUGUACACCGUCGAGGCAACUUCAUGCUGCAGAAGUGGGCAUCGAAUGACAGCAACGCCAUCGCCGGUCUCGCAGUAGAGCCCAUGACUCCUAAUGUCAACAUCAAUGAAGAAGAAAAAAUAUUGGGGCUCGUUUGGCGAAUAGCCGACGACACCCUGGGUUUUAAUUUAUCUAAAUUUUCCUUCAACAAUAGUAUUACUAAACGUCAAUUGUUGAAAGAAGUUAUGUCUCUCUAUGAUCCUUUAGGCCUUGUAACGCCAAUUACCAUCCAAGGCAAACAAAUAUUACAAGAGGCUUGGCGCAGUAACGUUGGGUGGGAUGACCCCUUACCAUUUAAAUUAGACCAAGUUUGGCAGACUUGGUUAAUUUCUUUACAAGGUUUAAAGGAUGUAGCACUACCCCGAUGUUACCCAUUAUUUAGUUCAGCAGAGACACUUGAGCUGCACGUUUUUGUUGACGCGAGCGAAGUCGCCUACGCCGCUGCGGCUUAUUGGCGGUCAGUAAACGACAAAGGCGAGGUACAGGUCUCGCUCGCGGCAGCAAAGGCACGUGUGGCCCCCAUUAAGAUUGUUUCUAUACCUAGACUUGAAUUACAGGCAGCUGUUCUGGGUGGCCGGCUGGCGCACGCCGUCGAGCUUCAUCACUCGCGUCGCCCGGAUCGUCGCGUGCUGUGGACUGACUCGCGCACCGUGUUGUCGUGGCUGCGCGCGGGCUCGCGUUCAUUCAAACCCUUCGUAGCGCACCGCGUGGCCGAACUGGAAGAGACCACAACGACCUCGGAGUGGAGAUGGGUGCCCACAGCUGACAACGUCGCCGACGACGCUACUCGUCGCGUACAGACCGACUUCACAGCUGCACAUCGUUGGUUUCGAGGCCCGGAAUUUCUAUACAAAGAAGAAAAACUCUGGCCGCACGACAAGGACCCGCUCCAUUCCACAGAAACUGGCGAAGAACGUGUGACUGCGACCACCAUUCGCCCGCAACUCAAAGAUGCCCUACCCGAUGUGUCGAGAUUCUCAUCCUGGAUCCAUCUAAUCAGAUCAACCGCACGCAUACUGCAAUUCAUCGAUCGCUGCAAAACCCACACCGUCACCGCCAUGCGUAGAAAACGCACUCGCUGCACUCCAUCUGAGGACCCUGACUGGACAGGCGUCCAGCCCCGGUCAUCCCGCGCUAGCGCAAGAACGACUCCACAGCGCAACCACAGCAAUGCUAGCGCCUCCCGCACCUACGUGCCCCUCGCAGCCUUUUACACGCGCCGCGCUGAACUCAUAUGGACACGCGCCCUUCAGGAAGACUGCUUUUCGUCGGAGCUACGUGACAUCACCGGCGGGAGGAGACUAUCUACUGACAGUCGCCUUCGACAUCUAUCCUUGACUACGGACCAAAAUGGCGUAUUGAGGUUACGCUCUCGAACUGCCGCCGCGACUGAUAUCAACGAGGAAACUCUGUCCCCAGCAGUGUUAGACGGAGACCACGCCUACAGUCGACUGUAUAUAAACUGGAUCCACCGAAAGUUACAUCAUAGCGGCGUCGAAUGCGUUACAAAUGAGAUACGCCAAAGAUUUUGGAUGCUACGCAUUAGACCCACAGUAAGAGCAGUCAUCAGACGAUGCCAGCCCUGCAGACUGCGCCGUGCCACGCCUCCUGAACCGCUGACGGGGAACCUGCCACCGUGUCGCCUCACCCAUCAUCAGCGUCCAUUCACACAAACAGGAUUGGAUUAUUUCGGGCCGCUUUCAGUCACCAUAGCGAGACACCAUGAGAAGCGCUACGUUGCCUUAUUUACCUGCUUGACGACAAGGGCAGUUCAUUUAGAAAUAGCGUCGUCACUCUCUGCUGAUGCUGCUGUGCUCGCACUACGUCGUAUGAUGGCUAGACGUGGUUGCCCCGACACUGUAUGGAGUGACAAUGGUUCUAACUUCCACGGAGCUGAUGCUGAACUACGAAAGGCAGCCCUAACCUCUAUGAAACAAGAAGCGGACAUUCGACAAAUAAACUGGCACUACAUUCCUCCAGGUGCACCGUUCAUGGGCGGAGCUUGGGAACGGUUAGUGCGUUCAGUUAAAACCGCACUGACGGCUACAUUGCACGAACGUCACCCUCACGAAGACGUCCUCCACACUCUACUUACGGAAGUCGAACAUACGAUUAAUUCUCGACCACUGUCACACGUGUCGGUCGCACCGGAAGACGACACCGCCUUAACCCCUAACCACUUCCUAUUAGGGGGUCCUUCAAAGGUUCCAUUACCGGGCGCAUUUACCAAGGUAGACGAGCUUGGACGGUCGCAUUGGAAAGCUGCUCAACGAUUGGCUGAUCUAUUCUGGCAGCGCUGGGUGCGGGAAGUCCUACCUCUCCUUCAUCAUCGGCGGGAGCCGCAUGGUCACGGCGAGGCGGUAAAAGUAGGCGAUGUGGUCGUCAUAGUGGACUCCACGUUACCACGAAACGUAUGGCCGAAGGGAAGGGUGGAGCAGGUCUAUCCAGGCGCGGACGGAGUAAUACGAGUCGUAGACGUCAAAACUAAGAAUGGCCUAAUGCGUCGCCCGACUAAGCGUUUAGUUAUAUUGCCAGUAGAAUGUGCCAGUUUCUCCAAAAGUCAAUUUGUAAUUCAUUUAGUCUAUAACUUCAAUGUAAUAAUUCAAGUUAUCAUUGAACUUUAUUAGUUAUAUUCAUAAUUUGUUUAAUCUGCCUAUAACUAUACUAGUUGUUGAACUGUAAUAGUUGUUGUAUACAUGACGCGUUUUGUCGUGGGCUUGUCACGACAUAGUAACUCAAAUUAUUCCUUACAAUCGAUAAGCUUAUAUUACGGUACAGCGCGUCAUUGUAUUCAUUGGAAUUAUGUUCCUGUGUAAGUCAUUGUAUUCAUUGGAAUUAUGUUCCUGUGUAAGUCAUUGUAUUCAUUGGAAUUAUGUUCCUGUGUAAGUCAUUGUAUUCAUUGGAAUUAUGUUCCUGUGUAAAUCAUUUUAUUCAUUGGAAUUAUGUUCCUGUGUAAGUCAUUGUAUUCAUUGGAAUUAUGUUCCUGUGUAAGUCAUUGUAUUCAUUGGAAUUAUGUUCCUGUGUAAGUCAUUGUAUUCAUUGGAAUUAUGUUCCUGUGUAAAUAAUUUUAUUCAUUGAAAUUAUGUUCAUGUGUAAAUCAUUGUGUUCGUUAGAAUACUUAUAUGUUUUGUGUACGUCAUUGUAAAUGUUAGCAUUUAUUGUAUAUUUCCUUGUACACCGAGCUAUAACUUGUACCAGUUAGCUAAGUAAGGACCACUUAAGUAUUAACUUGUCAUCAACGGGAUUACAUGUAUCGGUAGCUGAAUACUGCCUAUAUGUUUACUGCGUUCACACGGCGGGAGAGAUGUUACCGAUACAUAAGUCGUUCCCUGCAUUAAUUUAUACUGUGGGCUGGCGGCAAUGCGUAUGCUUUUACUAUACUGAGACACGCGCAAAUAACGCGCCUUAUUUGGUAAUGUUCGCGGUCCUCGAUCGUGAUUGGCGCUCGCAGUCGCUAUAGCCCGUUGAUAGCAUCACGCGUUCCCGCUUCCCGCGCCCGCUCUCAAGUCAGUCUGUGUCGUCGUUCGUCUUGUAACAGUCGUGUGUGCUAAGAUAAAUGUUCCGUGAUUGUAAAGUGUCAAGGCUCCUCAUUGUACGAUAAUAAACGCUGUUGUACCUACCUAA